UUAGAAGCCCACAUGGCAAAAACACUAGGAUACUUGGAUAUGGGGUCAACAGGAAUGGUAAAGAAUGGACCGUAUGGUACAAACAAACCUCACUCUCUCCAUCCCUCAAGGGUAUUCACCACUGACCCAUUUAAAGCGGCAAAAAAUCCAAUGCAAUCCCCUAUUAAUCCGUGGGAGUGGAGCAAGAAUCAAACACUAUUUGCUGGGGGGAUUGGCCAAAGAGCUAAACGCAAGCCCUCUUUGAAAACUGGGAGAACCAAGAAGAUAUUUGGAUGGGGAGAUUUCUACUUUAACAUAAAAACUGUGAAAUUCAGCUUGUUGGUCACUGGUAAGAUUGUUGAUCACAUAAAUGGGACAUUUAGUGUCUACUUUCGGCACAAUUCAUCUAGUCUUGGUAAUGUGUCUGUCAGCAUUGUCCCACCUACAAAGGUGGUAGAGUUUGACCUCCUUCAGCAAUCUACCUUGGACACGAGAGAAACCAAGACUUUCAACUGUAGAGUGGAAUAUGAGAACACCAACAAAGCCUUGAAGAACAAACCCUGCCUCUAUGAUCCAGCUAAAAACUGCUAUAUGGAGCACACACAGAGUCAUGCUGCGUGGCUUUGUGCAAAACCAUUCAAGGUUAUCUGCAUUUUCAUCUCAUUCUACAGUAUUGACUACAAGCUGGUGCAGAAGGUGUGUCCAGAUUAUAACUUUCAGAAUGAAAACCCUUACUUUGGGUGA